UAAAUCCCUAGUCGGACCGUUGGAUUGGUCGAGCCCCAACCACAAGCAGGAGGAGGAAAAGCCCAACAGAGAACAUUUAAAAAAAAAAAAAAAAAAAAAGGACCGUGUGGUGUACAAAGGGAAAAUGGAACAAGUUGGCGGCCUUUCGGCUCACACAGAGCUUAUCUCUCACAAGUGCCCGUGGAGAGAGAUGGCCCCAAGGAAUGCGUCAUUUAAGAAGAUAAUCCUGGGUUCGUCUUCGGUGGCUCGUCGACAAAUUCUAUCUGAGAUGGGUUUCGAAUUUACAGUCAUGGUACAUUUGACUGCAGAUAUAGAUGAGAAAAGCGUAAGGAAAGAAAAGCCAGAGGACCUGGUGAUGGCUCUAGCUGAGGCGAAGGCGGAUGCUAUAAUAUCGAGGCUGAAGAAUACCAGUUAUCUGGGGGAAAAUGAACAGCCUGUGCUGUUAAUAACUGCAGACACAGUAGCGGUGUUUGAAGGGACUGUCAGAGAAAAACCUUCUAGCAAGGAAGAGGCUCGCAAAUAUCUCCGAGACUAUUCCAGAGGUCAUACUUCAGUUUUGGGUUCCGUUGUUGUAUCCAACCUAACAUCAGGUAACAGAAAGGGAGGAUGGGAUAGAGCAGAGGUUUAUUUCCACGAGAUACCAGAUGACGUUAUAGAUAACCUGUGGCACUGCUGAUCAUGUCAUGGGGCUUUCAAAAGCUCUCACAGAAAAGUUGAUUCAGGAAGCCCUGUAGCUGCUCUAGUUUUCCAACUCUUACUGAAUCUGCAGCUUCUAUUGGAAUGUACUGAUGCAGUCACACUCACGCCACCACGAGAGCUGACCAUUAGGUGCUUCUAAAAGGCCGUAUCCUCAUAGUCCUGCUUGUCUUUCCAGAUAUAUUUAGGCUCGACAGAGUUUUUCCAUUUUGUAUCUUGAUUCAAAAUGAAUGUUCUAAGAAAACCAUUAUCUUGAUUGCUAGAUUGUUACCAUCUGCUAUCACCUUUAUAGCUGAGUUCUAUAAGAUGAAGAACUACUAAUUAAUGCAAGUGACUUCCUUCCAAA